AUGGGCUCAGCCAAAUUUAAGAAGCUGGUGGAUGCCUACAAGUGGGAUGAGGCUAUGGAGGUUUGCGUUGCCCAGUGUGAGAAGAAGGCGGACAUUCUCGACUUCAACUUCGACUCGGACCUCAUCGACGGGCAAUCGGCCAUGAGCAAGUUCAUGAGGCUCUGCGUCACAGAGCCCACCGUGGCCAAGCUGCCCUUCAUGAUCGACUCCUCCAAGUGGCCCGUGGUCGAAGAGGGCCUCAAAUGCGUGCAGGGCAAGUGCAUCGUGAAUUCGAUUUCACUAAAGGUCGGCGAGGAAGAGUUUCUUCGUCAGGCAAAGCUUUGCAUGCGCUAUGGUGCAGCUGUGGUCAUCAUGGCCUUCGACGAGAAGGGUCAGGCGGCCACCUUCGAGGACAAGGUUCGCAUCUGCCAGCGCAGCUACAGGUGUCUGCGCGAGAACAUUGACUUCCCGCCAGAGGACAUUAUCUUCGAUUGCAACGUGCUGACCAUCGCCACUGGACUGCCGGAGCACAACUCCUACGGCAUCGACUUCAUCAAUGCCGUGGCGGAGAUCAAGCGAACUUGCCCAUGCGUCUCCUUCUCUGGAGGCUUGAGUGGUCUUCCCAGGUACGAGGACAUUGAGCCCAAGACCCGCGCCCUGGCCGAAGAGGUGAUCCUGAACAAGUCGGCGGACGGCAAUCACGUCGAGCGCUUCCUGGAAUAUGCAGAACAGGUGAAGAAGCCUCCAGCUCCCGCUCCUGCUGGGCCUGUGUUGAAGAUCGAGAAAUCGACGGCAGAGCAGCAGAGCGCUUUCCUUAGAUCCCUCAAGGAGACU